UCUCGGUGGCAUUCGCCUGCGAGCCGCAGCGCCGCGUGGUUGCGUUCUAUCCACGAUCGACAGCGUGCGCGACAGGCAGCCGGCUUUCAUCCCCCCGCGCCGAUCCGCACGCAUGAGUCGAAGCCACUGAGGUCUUUUCUUUCUCGCGCGAGCUAGCGACGAAGAGAAAGAAAGAGAGAAAAGACGCGAAGGGUAGUCUCGAGGUAGAACUCGCGGACGGCAGUCGUCGUUCCGUUAUCGGGGAAACCGGCGUGACGCCGCACGUCGUCGUCCGGGUUGCGCGCGGAACGGUAUCCUCGCGGCGCUCCUGCGUGAAGUUGGCGUGGAAAGUGCCCGGGCACGCUCCGUUUCGCCGCGUGAAGAUAGACGGGGAGGAGAAAGAGGGAACAGGAAACGGAGCUCGCGCAAGCUCUCUCGCCGACUUCCUCUGCGGACUCGCGCGCGCGAUUCGUAUCUCCGCGAUAAUCUCGCUGUGAUAUCUCGUCGUGUUUCCGCGCCUCACAUUCGCGCCUUCGUCUGAUCGUACCGCUGUGGCGCCUCCGAUUGGGACAGUGAGGGUGGAUAAGUGUGCUGUGACAGCUGUCGUCGUGGAAAAUGGAGCCGACGAGGAUCCUGCUGCUCAUCGUCCUGCUGGGGACUGCCAGCUGCCAGGACGGCAGCGUAAUCACGAGCGAGGUCCUCAAAGGUUACCAACCCAAGUUCAUUGUGGGCUGCUACUUUCCGGCGGAAUUCCAGGGCGAAUUCGUGACGCAGGUGAGCGGAAAGGCUGCGGGCACGGAGGCGGACGAGCCACUUGAGUAUACCGCCAUUAACAUCACCUUCAACGCGGUAUCGACAUGGGGCUACUGCCACAAGAGGGCCGGCGAUAACGUGCUGUUAAUGAACAGCGAUGACGGCACGGAUUGCUUACGAUGUUUCCGGCUGGUGCGGAGGUCGCGGAACGUCAUCGAGGUGUUCUCGGAAGCUGCCAACAGGUGUUACACGUCCGAGCCGGCCGCCUUGGCCUCCUGCGACACACUGAACUCCGCAUCGAUCCUAUACCGGACGAAAGAGAUCGGCGGGCAGGAGAUUCGGAACGAGUUCUGCCCGAUCGGCGGUCUGUAUCACUUCAAGUACAGCGUUAACAACGGCUCGACGACGUCGUUGGAAUGCAACACGUUCUUCUCCGACUUCAGUAACUGCCCGGACGGUUCGGUCUUGCGUUUAAGCUUCAAACGAUGCUCCUUCGAGCAACGCGAUCUUACAUUGAACUGUUUGGGCAGCUGGUCUGGGCCAGGUGGUUCUAAUUACCUUGCUCUUUGGGACAACGACACUACCGAAGGCCGACCUCGGUACAGAUGUGGGCUGUACCACGUUGAUAUAAAAAAGGGCAAGACUUAUAUGGCGUUCAGCAGUGACUCGAGCUGCACGCACAAUUUGGAUAAUUCAACCAGCGGUUACGAAACUCUGAUCCUGAGCAAGAGCCCGAAUCAGAAGAAGGUGCCAAGUUACGUGAAGAACCAUGUCGCCACAUUCCCGAAGUGGGCACAAGGGCUGUGGGAGGAGUCUCUCAUAGUCAAUGGGACAAUGACUUUCACGGAUCUCAAUGGCUACAACAGUUACACCUUCAUCACGGUGGAGUCGGGCGAGGAGACCGGCCGUUACAUCGUGUACUCCAAGGAUCAGUGCGAGCAGGACGCUUAUGUGUGCUUAAUGAUGAGACAGCGCAGUGAAAACAUACUGGAGUUUACAAUAGGUAAUUAUUUCCUAGGGAUGGUCUUGAGUCCAGUUUAUCAGAAUUACUUGUGCGACGAUCCGAAUUUGGACAAACCGGUGUGGAUGACUCAAGCACGUAUCGAACGUGCGGUGGAGUCGCCCUGUCCAAUUACGGGUCAGUAUAUGGGAAGGAUAACGGAUCUAAUGGGAAUGUGUGCCGAGUUAAGCAGCAACUGUAACACACGCGAAAUAAUGUACUUCCGAGUCAGUGAUUGUGAUUCCGGAGAGCUGUACGAAGAACGAACAUAUCUGUGUUUGGGCCAGUGGGAGGAGAGAGGUGUGAUGUAUACCUACACUAUGAGAAACGACACUAACACAAAUGAGUGUUUCGUAGGCCUGAUCGUCAGCGACGAGGAGAUAUAUAUCAAGGAAGCUGGCGAUCAUUGCAUGCGAAAUAUAGAUCCUAAGACGCAGGGAAUGCGUCUCUAUAAGAAAGGGCAAUGUUACGGGAAUUCUCCGAGUCCCGCGCCAACGCCGUUAAGACCGAUACCUCACAAUCCGGUAAUGAGGAUUACGACGACCCCACCGUCGAGAGCACAAGGAAACACCAAAGUGCCAGGCAAUGCAGUCUCCUCGUCGUCCUCCUGCAGAUCGAGCGCGUACACGAGUUUUGCGCUCCUCUUCACUAUGCUCGUCGCGCGCCUCAAGGCAGCCUCGUACACGUUCGAAUAAUGAACGCCUUCAUUCGAAUUCGAUAAUGAGCUAGUUAAUGAAUAUCGGCACUUGGAUGCACGCACUGCGUUCCGCUCUUCUCAUCUAGCGAACACGAUCGAGACAUAGAUAGGCAGGUUAUUUAUUAGAAGAAAAAAAACGACCUAAAGCGAUACCGUAGAACGCGGAGGAAACUUAUAUGCAUCCUGCAUUUUUUUAUCCUGCACAUCGUUCCGCCCACGUUUCGCGAAAAAUCUGCUUUUCCGUGCAACCGUAAAGUGAAGAGAAAGUUUCACCCUCGUCCCUUCGGUCGAGCUGCCAAAUUUUGACGGCGGCGAAUCUGUGAUUGAUCAUGACUCCUUACUGAAUGAAUUAGUGCUGUUUAAGGAGCUCCAGUGGAUGGAAACGGGUCAGAUCUUCACAGUCGCAUUUUAUGCACUGCCUUGUAAUAUACAGACGCUCGGACCGAGACUGUGCACCGUUGCGAAAAUCCAAAGAAACAGUCGCCCGCGAUGCGACCUACGGCGAAUCCAUUGUCUAUACACGCAGACGAAUAGUGAUCCUUUCGCUGAUGAACCAACAUCACAAAAUAGAAAUGACGCGACAUAAGAGUAUAAAAGGGACUGAAGGUAUUGUUUUGCAAAUGAUAUCGCAGUGUAAUGGAUGUGCAUUCAAAUUUAUCUUCGAAAGAUAAGGAACUGUAUGUGAAAUUUUGAUCACUGACGUUACAAAUUUCUCGUUCGACGUGCAAAUUUCUCGUUCAAUUUUUGAAACAAAACCUGUCAGAUACCUCCUAUACUGUUUAAGGUCGACAGUGAUAUCUCUCAUAUGAUAAUGAAAGUAAA